AUGUCUUCUUCCGAAGCAUCUCCCUUCGAAGAAUGGUCCUGCCAGCAGGUCAAGGUUGAAGAUGGGACCAUCUUUCUACGCUACGACGGGGGUGGUCCACCACCCUUACUCCUUCAUGGCGUACCUCAGCAUUCGCUCAUGUACCACACUAUAGCCCCUGCGCUCGUCUGCAAGGGUUUCUUAGUCAUUGUUCCAGACCUACCAGGGAUGGGCCAGUCCUUUCAUCGGAGCUCAGCACCACUCACCUCCAAAAAAGCAAGCGAUGCACUCUACACUGUCAUCAAAUUCCUUCGCAUCUGGCAAAUGCACAUCUUCUCCUACGACAAAGGAUACCUCGUGAAGAGUCUCAUUGUCGCAGAAUACGCGCUUCCUGGGUUCGGCCUUGAAGUCUUUCAGCAACCCAGCAAGGGCAAGACGCUAUUCGAUAGCUGGCACUUGGGGCUCUUCACGGUCCCUGAAGCGGCAGUAUUCCUUAUCAGAGGACGAGAAGAGCAGUUCCUCCUCCGGUAUUUCUGGCGCGCGGCCUACAGCGGAUUGAGCGCAAUUAAGCCGGAGCAUUUCCGGAGAUACGUUCAAGAGUGGCAGAGGCCAAGCGGUCUUGAGUCUGCCGUCGAGUUCCUCAGUGGGUCCGUCUUAGAAGACACGGAAGAGUUCAAGUCUGUUAGAGUCAAGCCGAGAAUGCUGGCAAUGGGCGGUGAGGCUAGUCUGCACAGCAGGGAGUUGCUCGAACAGUUUUGGGGGCCGAUAGGAGAGAAUGUCUUGGCCUGUGUCGUCGUUCCUAAGACAGGUCAUUGGCUGGGUGACGAGAACCCUCUGUGGGUUGCGGACUAUAUUUCUUCUUGGAUCAACGAGUCUGCAGGCGACGUGUCUGUAGCGAGUCUUGAAUGGCUGCAUCAGAAGGUUACCUUGAAUGAGGAUGCCUGAAUAACUGCUUGGUUUAUAGUAUUGUGGUAUGUUCUGCGGAGACACACUCAGUUUGACGAUGCAAGCCAACCAUUUAGGGGUUACAGUAGACUUUCCGAAAGAGGCGGGGAUUUGAUAUAGUGGACUUUAAUAUUGUUGAAGCAUGGAAUGCAAAGGAGGG